AAGUGAAAAUGGAUUCACUAUCGGCAGAUUAUUUUUCUUGUCCUGUGUGCUGUGAAAUCUUCAAGGAUCCUGUUGUUUUAUCAUGUAGUCACAGUGUCUGUAAAGAGUGUCUUCAACAGUUUUGGAGAAGCAAGAAAACUCAGGAGUGUCCUGUCUGCUGGAGAAGAUCCUCAAGAGAUGAACCUCCAUGUAACCGUGUGUUAAAAAACUUGUGUGAUCUGCUUCUGAAGGAGAGAAAUGAGAGGUGUUCAUCAGGAUCUGAGGAGAUCUGCAGUUUACACAGUGAGAAACUCAAACUCUUCUGUCUGGAGGACAAACAGCCUGUGUGUUUAGUGUGCAGAGAUUCACAGGAACACGACAAUCACAAAUUCAGACCCAUCAGUGAAGUUGUUGCAUCAUAUAAGGAGGAGCUCAAUACAGCACUGAAGUCCUUACAGUGGAGACUUAAAUGCAGAGAAAAAAUCAAAGGAGAGAUUGAGGAAACAGUACAACACAACAAGUCUCAAGCUGAGCACACAGAGCUUCAGAUUAAACAGCAGUUUGAGAAGCUUCAUCAGUUUCUCAGAGAUGAAGAAGAAGCUACAAUCACUGCACUGAGGGAGGAAGAGGAGCAGAAGAAGAAGAUGAUGAAGGAGAAGCUGGAGGAGAUCAACAAACACAUCUCAGUUCUUUCACACACAAUCAAGGACACGGAGGAGAUGAUGAAAGACAAUGACCUCUGCUUUCUGAAGAAGUUUCCAGUCUCGAUGGAAAGAGUCCAGAUCUCACAGCCGGAUCCACAGACACCUUCUGGAGCUUUGAUUCAUGUGCCACGUUACUUGGGCAACCUGCCCUUCAGAGUCUGGAAGAAGAUGCAGGACAUUGUCCAAAACACUCCUGUGAUUCUGGAUCCAAACACAGCUCAUCCAUCUCUCGUCCUGUCUGAUGAUCUGACCAGUAUGAGUUGCGACUUGACCAGUGAACUGCUUCCUGAUAAUCCAGAGAGAUUCGACAUCUAUCCCUGUGUUUUGGGUUCAGAGGGUUUUAACUCAGGAACACACAGCUGGGAUGUGGAGGUUGAUGAACGUUCUUCCUGGAGUGUUGGAGUAACUACAGCAUCAAAACAAAGAAAGGGACGUGUUUUCUUUAACACUGAUGUAUGGAGUGUGCAGUGUGGACCAUUUCAACUGCCUGGCUUUCGUGUUAAACAGAAGCUUGAGUGUGUGAGAGUUGAUCUGGACUGUGAGAGAGGAACUGUGUCAUUCUCUGAUCCUGUAACUAACACACAUCUACACAAAUUCACAACCACCUUCACUGACACUGUCUUUCCUUUCUUUUAUAGUCAUUUUCCACUUAGUGUCUUACCGUUCAAUAGUUAGUAAAUGUUACAC